AUGGUGUUUUUUGGCUACAUGGUGUUCAGCAUAGUGCUCGGGCUCCUGGCUGACCGCUACGGCCGCUGGAAGAUCCUGCUGCUCUCCUUCCUCUGGGCAGCCUAUUUCUCCCUGCUGACCUCGUUUGCCCCGUCCUACGCCUGGUUUGUGUUCCUGCGGGCCAUGGUGGGAGGCGGCGUGUCGGGCCACGCACAAGGACUUAUCAUAAAAACGGAAUUUUUGCCCACCAAAUAUCGGGGAUACAUGUUGCCCUUAUCUCAGGUGUUUUGGUUGGCAGGAUCCUUGUUGAUCAUUGGCCUGGCAUCAGUGGUGAACCCAACCAUCGGCUGGCGGUGGUUGAUCAGAAUUGCCUCCAUCCCUGGCAUCCUUCUCAUCCUGGUGUUCAAGUUCAUCCCGGAGUCGGCUCGGUACAACGUGUCCACGGGGAACGCGGGGGCUGCGCUGGCCACGCUGCAGAGGAUAGCCAGGAUCAACGGGGCAGCCGUGCCAGAGGGACACCUGAGGGAGCCUGCCCAGGAAAGAAGGGGAAGAUUCAAGGACCUCAUCCACCCCAAAUACAUCAGAACCACUUUGCAGAUAUGGAUCAUAUGGCUUGGCAUAGCUUUCGCUUAUUACGGUGUUAUCUUGGCCAGUGCUGAGUUGCUGGAGCGGGACCCCGUGUGUGGCUCUGCAGCCCUAGCCCUGCAGGACUCCAGUGAUGGCUCUGAGGAGAGCCACAGCCCCUGCCACUGCCACUUCUUUGGGCCUGCUGCCUACCAGAGCAUGAUCAUCAGCACAGCCGGAGAGAUCGCACUGAAUCCUGUGAACAUUCUCAGCAUCAAUCUCCUUGGAAGACGUCUAAGCCUGUGUAUCACCAUGGGAUGUACAGCUCUGUUCUUUCUUCUCCUUAAUAUCUGCACCUCAAGGGCAGGCAUGGUUGGCUUUCUCUUCAUGCUGCGUGCCUUGGUUUCAGCCAACUUCAACACCAUCUACAUUUACACAGCAGAGGUUUAUCCCACCACAAUGCGAGCGCUGGGGAUGGGGACAAGUGGGGCAUUGUGCCGUGUGGGAGCAAUGGUGGCUCCUUUUAUAUCACAGGUUCUCAUGAGUGCCUCUUUCUUGGGAGCCCUGUGUCUCUUCUCCUCUGUGUGCAUCAUCUGUGCCAUCUCUGCAGUGACACUGCCCAUCGAGACCAAGGGCAGGGCCCUGCAGCAAGUAAAAUGA